GCCUCGUCCGAAAUAAUUUCCUGCCCCUCCUCUCACUAUCAACCCCCGCGCAAACACACCACCUAAACACACAUAACUCCGCGCGCAAGGAGAACCGUCAACAUGACGACAAACGUCGCACUCGAGACCUCAAUGGGCACCGUAAUUGUCGAGCUCUACACCGCCCACGCCCCCAAGACCUGCACCAACUUCUCCACUCUCGCAUCGCGCGGCUACUACAACGACACCGUCAUCCACCGUAUCAUCCCCAACUUCAUGGUCCAGGCCGGCGACCCAACUGGCACCGGCCGCGGCGGCACCUCCAUCUAUGGCGAAAAGUUUGCCGACGAGAUCCAUCCGGGCCUCAAGCACACCGGCGCCGGCGUCCUCUCCAUGGCCAACGCGGGUCCCGACACGAACGGUUCCCAGUUCUUCAUCACCCUCGCUCCGACCCCGUGGCUCGACGGCAAGCACACCAUCUUUGGUCGCGUCAAGAAUGGCCUCAGCGUCGUCAAGAGAAUGGGCCUCGUCAAGACGGGGCCCGAGGACCGGCCCUUGGAGGAUGUCAAGAUCCUGAGGGCGUCCGUCGUAGAGGACCCCGGCGCGGACGAGGCGUAGUGGCUUCUCGAUGGCCUUUUGGUUUCUUUUCUUUCUUCUCCG